AUGAUGAGGCAAGAACAGAAAACACUCGCCUUUGUCCUUUUUUCUUCUCUUUCUUUCUUUUUUCUUGCCCUCUCUCUCUCUUUCUUCUCUAUUUUCUGUCGUUCUUUUUUUGUCUCUCUUUUUGUGAUUCUUUCUUUUUCUUUCUUUCCAUCUAGUUUUGAUACUCUUUUUCUCUUUCUUGUCACAAUUUCUGAUUAUCCUUUUCUUUAUCUUUUUUGCCGCUGUUUAUUUUUCUCUUUCUCUUUAUCUUUGCAAUCUUUCUCUCUUUUUCUUUCUCUCUUUUUCUUUCUCUCUUUUUCUUUUUGUUACUUUAGCUCUUCUUUCUUUAUUUCUGUCUGGUUUCCUCUCUUUUUCUUUCCUUCUAUCUUUGUAGCUCUUUGCAUCGUUCUAGAUUAUUCGAGAAUACAUUCGCUUCUAUCUAUCUAUCUAUCUAUCUAUCUAUCUAUCUAUCUAUUUCAGCCUGUUCACAUCUAUCUAUCUAUCUAUCUAUCUAUCUAUCUAUCUAUCUAUCUAUUUCAGCCUGUAUGGAAUUUUCCAUCAACAUCUAUCUAUCUAUCUAUCUAUCUAUCUAUCUAUCUAUCUCAGCCUGUUCAUAUCUAUCUAUCUAUCUAUCUAUCUAUCUAUCUAUCUAUCUAUCUAUCUGUGUUUUUCUUCCUCUUUUCUCACUCUCUAUAUAUAUCUACGUCUCUUCCUUAUUUUCUUUCUUUUUCUGCCGCUCUUUCUGUGUUUCAUUCUCUCUUACCUGUUUCAUAUCACACACAACAGUGUUUUCUUUUAUCAGUAAUGGCUACCAUAUUAUAUCUUGUUUUAAUAUCAUUUGUAUAA